AUGGCUUACUCUCUUCCUCCGCUGGGCUACGCCUACGAUGCCCUUGAGCCUCACUUCGACAAGGAGACCAUGGAGAUCCACCACUCCAAGCACCACCAGACCUAUGUCAACAACCUGAACGGUCUCCUCAAGGACCACGACCUCUCCUCCCUCUCCGCCGACGAGGUCGUCACCAAGCUCGACCAGGUCCCUGCCGACAAGAAGGCCGGUGUCCGAAACAACGCCGGUGGCCACUCCAACCACAGCUUCUUCUGGAAGAACCUGAAGACUGGCACCACCCUUGAUGGCGAGCUCAAGGCCGCCAUUGAGAAGACCUUCGGCAGCGUCGACGAGUUCAAGGCUCAAUUCCAGAAGGCUGCCACCACCGUCUUCGGUUCCGGCUGGGCCUGGCUCGUUGCCCAGGAUGGCGCCCUCAAGAUCGUCACCACCGCCAACCAGGACAGCCCGCUGAUGGGCGAGGCCGUGUCGGGUGCCAAGGGCUUCCCCAUCAUCGGACUGGACGUCUGGGAGCACGCCUACUACCUCAAGUUCCAGAACCGCCGCCCUGACUACAUCGGUGCUUUCUGGAACGUCGUGAACUGGGAUUUCGCCGCUCAGCGCUUCUCGGAGAAGAAGUAG